AUGGAAUCAGAUACGAUCCGCGCCCGCGCAAACACCUCUCGGCGGAUGAGUAUAGGCCCUUCGCUGGUGUCAUCUUCUACGCCAGCAAAAACGUCCAUGCAUACCCGGAGAUCUUCCAGCCAGAGUCCUCAGGUAAGACAGGGUUCCGGGUCAGCUUUCCUUCAAGUAGAGCGGACUCAUGCUCCGCGAGACCUCAGUCCAGUUGGUGCCGCUCCGCACCUCACCCCGACGUCAAUGUUUAACCCCAGCGCUGGAGAGUACUUCGGCGAGACCUGGCAAAGUCGUAAGACUGGCAAGAGUGGGGAAGCGGUUGCCGUGGCUGUACAUUAUAUGAGAGCGAGUGCACAGCCCAACAUGAGAUCCUCCGAGAAUGUUACAACUCAAUAUAUGACACAAGUUUCUCGACCAAGCACCCGCGAAACCCGCCCAACAACGGCCGGUCGGGACGGAUUGAUCGAUACGCCGCCUGCGCCAAAUGCACCCGCGCGUGUUAAGAGUCAUCGAAGUCCGACCCAGAAGACAAUGCUUUCCAAGGCGCUGGCAGUAGCGAACAAUGCUGUAUUGCUUGAUAACGCCCAGAAUAUCGAGGGAGCCAUCGAAGCAUAUGCUGAAGCCUGUGAUCUGUUGCAGCAAGUUCUGAUCCGGAGCUCUGUCCUCGAUGACCGAAAAAGGCUGUCCGACAUUCGAAACGCGUACUCAAAGAGAAUAGCCGACCUUCAUGACCUCGAUGAUUCCUUCUCCGAACUGAUGGAGAAAGCUUUACCUGAAGACCCUCCGCUCGAUGAAACCAACAACUCCUUCUUCAGCACUGAUGGAGUCGAACCAGAUACAACCGAGGUUUUGGAGUCUGUUCAAAUCCCUCCUCGACAAGAGUCUCUUCUGCCGGAAAUAUUUGGUGGAGAGUCAUAUCUCAAUGAGUCGUCAACCCGGAAGAGGAUACAGAUCCCUAGUCUUGCGGUGCCUAUGGAUGCGCAGUAUAUGCCUCCACCUCUUUCGCCUAGAAGACCUGCGUCUCCUGUCUCGGAAAGAGAUGCGAAUACACCUCUGGCGACCAGAAGAUCGAGCGAUGUUCCAAAAGCUGCUCUCCAUACUCGACAAGGUAGCACUGAGUCUACUUCUUGGCUCGAUACUCUCGAAGAUGGCGACUCAUCGACUUCUCGGUCUUCUCGAUUAUCAUCUUUGGAUUUUGGGAUCCAGAAUAACCACAAUAUUGUCGACGACUUCGAAGCAGAGUUCGACGCUGCCCUUGACGCUGCUGUAGAUGCCGCCUAUGACGACAAUCUGACAGAGGAGCCCACUCCGAGACCAGACAAGAAUGUGCAGGAUUUCGAUCAAGAUUCCAGUGCACCCGUGCCUGCCUUCGGAACAGCCUCCCAAGAUCAUUCUGUUCUGUUGUCUGACGUCGAAUUGACUCGAGAAUAUGAUGAGGGCGACUCAUCGGAGGAAGAGGAACGACUACUAGAGGAGAUGACUAAGGGGUUUAUCUUUGAUGAUUUUUCGUUUGACAAUAAAUCGAAAUCGGCACUUCCUCGACAGUCAGACUCCAGUACGUUCUCAGGCAGGACCUGGACAAGUUCUCUUCCGUCGACAACAGCAACAAAUAACACCACCUUGAGCACACUAGCAGAAUCGCAGGAGGCGCCAGUGGAAACAUCCCCUCGACCAGUGCCCCCGGCAAAAGACGCCUUUUUGCCUUCUCCUCCAAAGGCAGUCCUUCCCCAACCACCGCAACUGGCGCUGUCGGUCCAACCGUCCAGCAGACCGACCAGUAUAGAGAAAUAUAGUGGACUAAAUAUUCGGGAAAGGAGAUUCUCAGGUCGCAGUGGGGAGCAGCUCAAGAUCGAGACCUUUGCACGACGAAACUCUUCGACCAUUCCGGUCAAGCCCACUGCGGCGCCUCCGUACGUGCCGGAACUGGAUGUCUCUGGAGAGCAGCCGAAGAUAUCUCAGACAAUAUCUUCAGGACCUACAAUUCCUUCUCUGGCGCCCAUCACGCCCAUGACGGCCUUGCCAUCCAAUGAUUCUGUGCAAAGUGAAUCCCCGGCCACUCCUGCCUUGACGCAAGGGGGUUCUCAGGGCAGCAUCGAGGAUUCAGUCGUUAUGCCGCCGUCGCCUGCAAAGAUAGGGAAGAUGGGGCCUCCCGCCGCCGUCAAGAAAAACUUGUCAUCGUCGAGCUUGAGGGUGAGAAAUCUGUCCGUGGCAACGACGGAAACAAGUACAGAGUCUCCGAUUACACCGGUCAGCGCGGGAUUUGGUGGAGAAAGCCGAAAGGUUGUGCCGCCCCUACCAUCAGCUGCAUUGCCGACACCAUCGACCGCCGCCUUUGGUCCUCAACUUCUGCAGACGGGUGGAAUGUAUCUGUUCGACGAUAUCACCGCGACUGGUCCCCCGAGGACACCGCGAAGUCCUGAUGCCCCAAGCGCGUCUCCUCCUCAACUUCUGGAACCCUGCCCAGAAUCUUUCUUGCUCCGCCCGUUCUGGCUGAUGCGAUGUUUAUAUCAAACACUUGCUCAUCCAAGUGGCGGAUACCUGACCACGAGGCUAUUCAUUCCUCGGGAUGUAUGGAAAGUGAGAAACGUCAAGCUCAAAGCUCUUGAUGAUAAAGUGUCUCAGUGUGAUCUAUUAACCGCUGCGUUACUCAAACUUGCCAAAGUCGAUACCUUUGACGCUGACUCGGUUCUCGACGAGCUACAGUCAUUCGAAGUCGUUCUGGACCAGGUUCGAAACACGCUGCAGAAGAAAAUGGGCAGCGAUGUGGGCUUUUCAGGGUCAUCCGGCCUUUUCAAGUCCACUGGCGAAGACCAAGAGACCGGUAAAUCAACUAACACUGCCGCCAAAUCUAUUGCGUCCAGCUGGCGCAAGCUUCGAUCCAAAUCCAGUGCUCCAGCCAUGGGACAUCAGGGCGGGCAGAAGGACGGUGCCAUGUCCGGCCCAGGCAUGGCGUCGCUACCUAUGACUUCAUCUUCGGCUGUAGCUUCUUCACGGUCACAUCUGAACCGCAAGUUCGCACCGCCUCCGACACCAACGCAAUUGGCGAAUAUUCAACCUAUCCAUGCAGCCUACAUGUCGAGCUUGGCACGCCUCUUUGACGCGGCGCAAGUGCUUGAUGGCAUCGCUCGGCAAGUCGAAGACCCGGGUCUAAAGUGCAGCAACAAAACCCAAGUCGGGUUGGAGCUGGGUGUUAAGAAUGCUGCCGAGUUCUUUGCAUUCUUCAUCAUUCGGUUUGUCAUGGCCGAUUUGAUGCUGAUGGUGGACAAGUUCCUUAAGAGAGGAAGUGAAUGGGUCCUAACUUGA